ACCACUACCGAACUAGUCCGACAAAUCAAACAUAGCAGCUUAGCUCACUUUCAGUUCGUUCGAUCUCGCUUCCAUUUCUUCGCCAUUUGAGCUUUCUUGGAGGCGUUUGAUCGAUCAGGAUGAUCGCACGCGAUACCGUUCUGCGUUUCGCCGUGCGAUUGUUCGUCGUGAUCGUCGUCUCGUCUCGUUCUUCCUCGGCCGACGACGGCGGCGGCGACGGCGGCGUCGACUUCAUCUACCAAGGUUUCCAGCACGCGGCGAACCUGACCAUGGACGGGUCGGCGAAGGUGCUGCACGGCGGCGCGCUCCAGCUCACCAACGACAGCAACCGCCUCGUCGGCCACGCGUUCCACGCCGCGCCGGUGCGGUUUCUCGACGACGGCGCCGGCGGCGGCGGGGGAGGAGUGGUGUCGUCGUUCAGCACGGCGUUCGUCCUCGACAUCGUCACCGUCGGGAGCGGCGGCGGCCACGGCCUCGCGUUCGUGGUGGCGCCGUCCGCCACGCUCCCCGGCGCGUCCCCGGAGAUCUACCUCGGCGUCCUCGGGCCCCGCACCAACGGGAACGCGUCCGACCACGUCUUCGCCGUCGAGUUCGACACGGUGAUGGACCUCGAGAUGAACGACACCAACGGCAACCACGUCGGCGUCGACGUGAACAGCCUCGUGUCGGUCGUGUCGGAGCCGGUGGCGUACUACGCCGGCGACGGGAGCACCAAGGUGCCCGUGCAGCUGGAGAGCGCGCAGCAAAUCCAGGCGUGGAUAGACUACGACGGCGGCAGCAGCAUCCUCAACGUCACCGUCGCGCCGGCGACGGUGACGGAGCGGCCUCGCCGGCCGCUCAUCUCCACGAAGCUCGACCUCCUGCCGAUCUUCAAGGAGAACAUGUACGUUGGGUUCUCGUCGGCGACGGGGAAGCUGGCGAGCUCGCACUACAUCUUGGCAUGGAGCUUCCGGACGAACGGCGUCGCGCAAUCCAUCGAUCUCCGGAGGCUGCCCAAAGUCCCGAGGCAGAGCUCGCCGCCGCCCAAGCUGCUCAUCAUCAAGUUCGCCGCGGUGGCCUGUGCAGGAACACUCACCCUGAUCGCCGCGGCGAUGGUCGCCGUGCUCUGGCUCCGGCGAAGGGCGGCGCUCGCCGACACGCUGGAGGAGUGGGAGCUGGAGCACCCUCAGAGGAUCCCGUACAAGGAGCUCUACAAGGCGACCAAGGGGUUCAAGGAGAGCGAGCUCCUUGGCGCCGGCGGCUUCGGCCAGGUGUACAGAGGCGUGCUCCGGCGCCGCUCCGGCGAGGCGGUGGCGAUCAAGCGGAUCUCGAACGGGACACGGCAAGGGAUGAGGGAGUUCGUCGCCGAGGUCGCCAGCCUCGGGCGGAUGCGCCACCGCAACCUGGUCGAGCUGCGCGGGUGGUGCAAGCACGACCAGGACCUGCUCCUCGUCUACGAGUUCAUGCCCGGCGGCAGCCUCGAUGCGCGGCUGUUCGGCACGGCGGCGUCGGCGGCGGCGGCGGAGGGGGUGAAAGCGCCACCGCCGCCGCCGCUUCUGACGUGGGCGCAGCGGUUCGCCAUCCUCAAGGGCGUCGCCCAUGGCCUGCUCUACCUGCACGAGGAGUGGGAGCACGUGGUGGUGCACCGCGACGUGAAGGCGAACAACGUGCUCCUCGGCGCCGGCGACACGGGGGCCGCCCGGCUCGGCGACUUCGGCCUCGCGAGGCUCUACGAGCACGGCGCGACGCCGGCGACGACGCGCGUGGCCGGCACGCUGGGCUACAUGGCGCCCGAGCUCACGUUCACCAGCCGCGCCACGACGGCCACCGACGUGUUCUCCUUCGGCGCGCUGCUCCUCGAGGUGGCGUGCGGGCGCCGCCCGAUCGAGCCGGCGGCGGCGGGGGAGGCGGACGGCGACGUGCUCCUGGUGCGGUGGGUGCGAGACCGCGCGCUCGACGGCGACGGCGGCGGCGGCGACGUGCUGCGAGCCGUGGACCCGAGGCUGGAGGGGUGCUACGACGAGGAGGAGGCGAGGCUGGUGCUGUGGCUCGGGCUGAUGUGCAGCCAGGCGAGGCCGGAGGCGAGGCCCAGCAUGAGGCAGGUGUGCCGGUAUCUCGACGGCGAGGAGAUGCUGCAGGAGGACGCCACGCCGGCGGCGAUCUUCUCCGGCGCCGACUCGUCCGAUCUCUUCGGUGGCUCGUUCGUCGUGUCCAUGACGUCAUCCUCCGCCGGCGGCACCAUGUCGGCCAGCUCGCUGCAAGGCGGCCGGUGAACUAUAGAAGUAUACUGUAUAACUAUACUGUACUGAAUAUGAGUGUGUUGUGUGUACAGUAGUGAUUGCUCAAACAAAAUUCAGAGAAGUGAUAUGGAUGUAGCCCAAACAAAAGAAUCUGAAUUUUUGUCUACUCCUCACUCCGUUUCAAAAUGUUUGACACCGUUAAAUUUUUUA